CAGAGAACCGAGAAAAAAAAAAAGGAUUCCUGAAUGGAGGAGAAAACCUAGAGAGAGAAUAACCAUUUACAGCAGAGAGCGAAAGAGAGAGACAAAACUACGAAUUCGUAGAGAGAGAAAGAAGAAGGCCGAUUAGUUGUGUAGUCUUGUAGAGUGAGAAACCUAGAGUGACAAACACCUUUCGUUGCAGACAGAGGAGAGAGAAACCUAGAGAAAAAUCUCCAUACCUCGAAGAGGGAAGAGCUUUGUUCUCAAGGAUAGAGAUAGUGAGAGGCGUCCAUCUAGAGAGAAAGGCCUCCAACUCAACCUAGAGUGAGAGGGAGAGGUAGAGAGAGAAAAGUUUCCAUCUCCAUCGCGCUCUGUUUCAGAUGAAGCACAUUCUCAGAAAGCUUCAUAUAGGCAGCAGCCAUGAACCACCUCGAUCCAACGACCCGGGAGCCGCUUCCCCCGCGCAAUCGUGUGGUUCAGAUCAUAGAGCCGCUGUUUCUUGGAGUCCUAAUGGUGUUCCUCCUCAAAGCCCCUCCCCUUCUUCAUCACCAGGAGGCGAGGGCUCUGCAGGUUCACGGCUAUUAACUGAGGAUAAAAAUGAUUACUUCUCUUCGGAGGAGGAAUUUCAGGUCCAGCUUGCCCUGGCGAUCAGUGCUUCGAAUUCAGAAUUUAGGGCAAAGGAUCAGGGUAAAGCUGUGAUUUUGGGGUCAGGGCAUAUGCAGUCUGGUUCUUCUCAGACAGAGGACUUGGCUGAGUGUCUUUCUAGGAGAUAUUGGGAUUAUGAUGUUCUAGAUUAUGAGGACAAAGUGCUGGAUGGGUUUUAUGACAUACAUGGGCUUUCAGCUGAUCCAUCUUCCCAAGGGAUGCCCUCUCUUGUUGAUCUUCAGAUGACUACUGGUGCUUCUAGUUAUGAAGUUGUAAUAGUGAAUCGUGCUAUUGAUCCUGCUCUUGAUGAGAUGGAGCAAGUUGCACGCUGUAUUGCGUUGGAUUGCCAUGCACCUGAGGUUGGCUUAUUGAAUUGUGGGUUGGUCCAAAGGAUUGCUGAUCUUGUUUCGGAACACAUGGGGGGGCCUGUCAGAGAUGCCAAUGAUAUGCUGGCAAGAUGGAUGGAAAGAAGUUUUGAAUUGCAAGCUACCCUGCACACUAAUAUUUAUCCCAUUGGGUGUUUGAAGAUAGGGAUUUCACGUCACAGGGCUCUGCUGUUCAAGGUGUUAGCUGAUACAGUUGGUAUCCUGUGCAGACUAGUUAAAGGAAGCCUCUACACUGGUAUUGAUGACGGUGCAGUCGUCAUUAUCAAAUCGGAGGAUCAAAGGGAGUUUUUGGUGGAUCUAAUGGGAGCACCUGGAACGCUUAUUCCUGCUGACAUUCUACCAGCAAAAGAUGUUCCUAUGGAUGACCAGAGAUCAAAUAGGAACUUGCUCCCAAGGACAGGUUAUGACCGCAAUAGGGAUCGUAGAACCUCCAACGAAGUGCCCAUCAUGAGAAAUAAUGGAAUUUUAGAUGUGAGUUCAAGAACUGGAAAAGUGGUUUCCCAGUUGCCUCUUCCCAGCCCUAAUGGUGGGGCAAUUUCUAUGAAUCAUGGAAACAGGUCUGAUGGGAUUUUGAAAGGUGUAGUACCAGUUAAUCAAGACUUCCAGCUUUCUUCCUCUGCAGGGGCAACUUCUUCUUCCAAGCAAAGAGGUGACUGUGGAAGCUCUAUAGUAUGUGAUGGUGUGAAUGAGAAAAGGAACGUGGUGCCACCUACUCAGGAUAAUAUGGACUCAGAAAAUCUAUUUGCUGACCUCAAUCCAUUCCAAAAGACUGGAGCUGGUAAAAUCCCAGCCCAGAAUCAAGUUGGUGAGAAGAAAAUCUUUGAAUAUCAGCGGCGUCGAGAGAACAUCUAUUUGGGUCCUGGUAGACCACCUCUUCCUUUAGCAUGGAAGAACCGCAAUGAGAUUCCUAGAACAAAGCAACAGGAAUCUGGGGAGGGGUUGUUUCCAAGGAACAAUGUGGACAUAAAAGCUGCAAAUGCUUCAGCAUCUCUGAUGAACUCAGAUGCUUCUAAAAAUGGGGAGCUAGAUUCUUCGGUUUUCCGUACUCCUCAGGCUUUAGGUUCUCUAAACUCUUCUAGGACAGGCAGUGUUGAUAAUGACACAGAAAAUACUUCAGUGGGUAAUGUUGUAAAUAUGCCAUAUGAUAGUGGGGACUCAUCGAUAUCUUCAAAAGUUGGGGGCACUGAAUUAUCUUGUGUGGGUGGUUCUGCUGGAGUCGAGCGGUCAUACUCACCAUCGAAUGGGAUUUUGGAUCCAUUGGCUCUUGGAAAUAAUCGGCCUAUGGGUAAUCCUGGAGAUGGAAUAGCUAUGGAUAAUUAUGGUGUGGUAGAUGAAUCAAAAGAACCUGCAAGAAACAGAAAAUACCAUAUUGAUAAGAGAAAAUGCACCAAUGAUAGAUUCAUGGAGCCAAAAUUGACUUCAAAUGACCAAGAGAAUCCAGGUCCUGUUCGUCGAGGUUUAAGCAGACUAGAUCCAAUGUUAGACGAUGUAUCAGAAUGGGAAAUCCCAUGGGAAGACCUUGUUGUGGGCGAAAGGAUUGGAUUAGGUUCCUAUGGAGAAGUGUACCAUGCAGAUUGGAAUGGCACGGAAGUGGCUGUCAAGAAGUUCUUAGAUCAAGAUUUUUCAGGGGAUGCAAUCGAAGAAUUUAGAAGUGAAGUGAGAAUAAUGCGCAGGUUGCGCCAUCCAAAUGUUGUACUUUUCAUGGGUGCUGUAACUCGUCCGCCUAACCUCUCUAUUGUUACUGAAUUCCUUCCAAGGGGAAGCUUAUACAGGCUUCUUCAUCGUCCAAACUGUCAGAUUGAUGAGAAACGCAGAAUAAAAAUGGCACUUGAUGUGGCAAAGGGAAUGAAUUGCUUGCAUAGUAGCACGCCAACUAUUGUCCAUCGUGAUUUGAAGUCACCAAAUCUGCUUGUUGACAGGAGCUGGAAUGUUAAGGUUUGUGAUUUUGGCCUGUCACGUAUGAAGCACAACACUUUUCUAUCAUCAAAGUCCACUGCAGGAACGCCGGAGUGGAUGGCACCAGAAGUUCUGCGCAAUGAACCCUCCAAUGAGAAGUGUGAUGUAUAUAGCUUUGGUAUUAUAUUAUGGGAGCUUGCAACAUUGAGAAUGCCAUGGAGUGGGAUGAACCCAAUGCAGGUGGUCGGUGCUGUAGGCUUCCAAAAUCGCCGCCUCGACAUUCCAAAAGAAGUUGAUCCCUUGGUUGCUAGGAUCAUCUGGGAGUGUUGGCAAACUGAUCCAAACUUGCGACCUUCAUUUGCACAGCUCGCAUCGGCACUGAAACCGUUGCAACAGCUUGUUGUCUCCCAGCAAUUGGAUGCCCAGAGUUCACCCAUGCCCCAAGAAAUUCCUGUAAAUUCUGCGCCAUGAUUUUUGGAUCCCAUGAACUGUGAAAUUUAAGAAAAAAAAGUUAAUAUGAUUUUUGUAGCACUAAGAUAAGAUGAAUGAAUGCUCAAAAGGAGUGCGAUGUGGUUUUAGCCUCUUCUUUUUUGCUUUUUGUUUUUUUCCUAUUGGGAGAAAUAAUUAUAGGGGCCAUAGCAGUGCAGAAUGUUGCUGCUGUGAUUUUGUACAGUUUGCAACUUUUGAAGUGUGCACUUUUGUAAAAUAAAUCAAACUCAGAUUGUUGAUGGUAUAAUUUGGUAUAUAAAUUGUGAAGCAGUUUCAUGAAAA